AUGUCUUUGCAAGCAGAAAAGAGGACAGACGAGAAGAGUGAGAGAGAAAUUAGUCAGCAGGAGGAACAGAGGAAAAUCAUUUCCACGUCCUCGUCCCGUCUGACGGGUCACAUAAAUAUGAGCCGCAGUCUGAGGAUGGGGAAACUCUGGGGACGAUUACAUGUGGAGGUAAUUUUCUAAAACAAGCAUGACCUCUGAAAAGCUUUUUUAGUGCAGACAGCUUUGUGUCAUAAAAAUGUAAACUGGUGUCCCGGUUAGAGGGCAGAAAAAGUCGACUCCGCUAAUAAAAGGAUGGCGAUUUACCUCCAACAGUCUGAAGAGAUAUUAAAGUUUAGUCUUACAUCGACUCUCUGAAUUAUUGAGGGAAAUGUAAGAGUGAAAAGUUGGUGACUCAUCCCUGAUCAUUCUGAGUUAAAUGUUUUUGAAAUUCUUUUAAAGUCAAACUAAAUUUCUUUGCCAUUAAAAGCCGAAAAACUUUGAAGCAGUCAGUUGUGGUCGUUCUUAAAUUGUGCAAAAGCUAAAAGUCACCAUGCAUCUGCACCGACACUGAGUUAACCGAGGCAUGUUGGAUCGAAUGAAGCUCAAACACGAGUAAAAGCAUUGUUCGUGAUUAAAUCUAAGUUUAAAAAGUGAGUGAUAGUGACCCUCCUCACCUGCGGAGACACAAAUGUAAAAGAGAGAGCGAAAGAGAGAGAGAGAUAGAGAGAAUGUAGCGGAAAAAUAAAAAGCUUUCAGGAUUAGUUUCCAAUUUACAGCUGUUAUCAAGCCAUCAGAGAAAAACAGCUUACGGUGAGGGAACACUGAGAGGUUGUUUGCUGAAGCGGAUUACAGCACUAAAAGGAUCAGAAGCAAAGCAGCAGUACCAGUUCAGGUGCAGUUUCAGGGCUGUGGGGGGGGCGGUACUGUGGAGGAUGCUCAGGCUCUGAAAAAUACUCUGCAAACCUGUUUAUCUUCUCACACAUCCUUUUUACUAUCCCUCUAUUUAUCACUUUUUAUUUUAGGCCGAGAACACGAGUGGGGUUUUUACUAAGCAUGCAAAAAGCUUCCACUAUUUCACAUGAUUGAUUCUCGGAUGUAUAUCUGAGUGUUUAAAGCUAUUUUCCCCCUUUUCCUGACACUAUGAAGGAUGAAAUACUUGAUCUGAAGCCUCUGCUUAUUGUUUUAUUUUGAAAAGAAGCUGGAUGUUUUAUUUUGUGUCUGUGCCCGACUUCCUUUCCAGCACGGGUUAAUCUGUGCUGAAUUUAUCCGCCUUGCUCCGGCGUCCGCAGCAGAUCGGAAAGAAGUUGGUGUAAAUUGACACAUUAACUUGAAUGGUUACGAUCAGCUGCGAUCGGCGGAUAUGGCCUUUUCGCAGCAGUGGAAUUUGGGGGUUAGUGUAUUUGCUGCAAUGGCUGCUGGUUAGUUCGGCCCCUUUACUUUGAAACUGCUAGCAGAUACAAGAUGCUAUCCUCUUUUUUUUGCAUCUUUAAGUGCCGAAAACAAAUUUCGUCGAGCUAAGACUUAAACCACGGCGAGUGCUUGAUUCAGAGUCUCAGUAAAUUAGCUAAAUGACACGUCAGAGUUAGUGGUGUGUCGGUCUUGAACGAACGGAUCAAAAGAACUAGUUCUUUUUGAUGAACGAAAUGAACUAGUUCUUCCCCCCUAAAUGACCCGUUCAAUCCGUUCAGUUAUUUUGAUUGGCUGAAGAGGGGCUGCUUGCCUGUCUUAUCCUAUCGUCGUGCCUCGUUCUGUGUGUGGGUGGGGCUUAGAGAAGCAGCAGCAGUACUACUGAGCUGACUGAAAGACCGGAAUGACCGAGUUGACUGAAAGAACGGGUCAAAUGAACGAAAGACCGAGUUGAACGAAAGAUCCAGACGGAUGAACGAGUUGACUGAAAGACCGAGUUGAGUGGCCGCCGCACGAGGCCCGACAGCCAAGCCGGAGCGAGCGGGACAGUCACACACACGCAAAGGCACACAGCUGCUGCUGCAGCCAGAGGCAGAGAGACAACUAUUAAUACGCAUUUGCACUGUCUGUUGACAUUUUGUACUUUUUAUUAUUGUUUUUAAUGCACCUCAAAAUAAUAAAAAAACAUUAAAAACCUUAUAUAUUUUGUUACUCCUACUAUAAUUUUAUAUUACAAGGAGUGCAGCGCGAUCGCAGCGUUGGACCGGGGGUGGGCGGACUGACUGACUAAUGACCGAUUGACCGAAAAGACCGAAAAGAACGGGUCCUUUUACUGAACGAUCCGGAAUGAUCCGGUUCACUGAAAUGACCGGUUUUGCCCACCACUAGUCAGAGUCAGCCUCGUCUGCAGAAACACUGAAAUCUCCCUUUAAGUCUCCGUCCUGUUCAUAACCACGUUUCUUUUGGCUUCUUUGGUAAAUGUUUAACCGCUGAGCAGAGUACGGUUCUGCAGAAAUACAGACACGGGGCGCACCGGGAGACGAACGCUCAGACCGUAUGAUCACAUCAUGACAGCUGAGGAUGACAGCAUCCCUUUAAAAGAUUGAAACUCCCAAAGAGUCUGGACCACAGAGAUAGUGCGCUGACAUGUAGCCUGGGCUGCAGGCAAAAUAUGCUUCAGUUGUACCAUCUGUCUAAACACACUGGCACAGGCAGGUACACUGAAGAAGUAGAUAUCCCUGCAGGCAAAUGGAGCCCCUCGCAGCUUAUCAGUCGAGCAGAGAUGUCCCUGCUUCCAGCCCUGCACUUGUACUAAAUAUCUCCACUGGCCAAAAAAAGGGAUUUAGCUUGAAAAGCAUCUUUUCUUUAAAGACAAAUUCUCAUCCAGGUGACAUCUACGCUCGUGUUUGUGGGAUGAAAGAGAGAAAGUGACAUUUGAGAAAACGCCUUUACAGCUCAGUUGGGAUUCUGUUUCCUCCCAAAGUGUGAUCUGAAAGCAAAGUGUUGUUUCUCUCUGCCUCAGCUCCACACUGAGCCACGCUGCUGCUGCUGCUGCACCUUCCUGCCGCCCUGUUACUCCUCCUCGGCGCCGGAUAACCUUGGCCGUUCUGGUUCUGGUGUGUUUCAGGGAGGCAGUAAAGAAAACCCGAGCUGCGGUUAAUAGUGAGCUAUCACUUUAAUCCAUUAGGACUGCGAGGGUUAUUGGAAUUGGGUCUGCAGAUUUGAUUUUAUAUGAUCAACAUUAAAGCCCCGUCACCCACCAGUGGCGUGUUUCCUACACACUCAUUUCUCACAAUACUACACCCGCAGCUCGGCUGUGCCCGCCCAACCAAAAAAUGACCUAA